UCGUCAAAAUUCGUUGAAGAUUUUAGAAAACAGAGUUUUCUCUCGAAACAAGAAUCUAAGAUUUUAUAUCUUGAUUAUAAUGUCCUUUAUAAAAUUGGCGAAAAAACGUUUCAUGGUUUGUCUCAUCUUAAAUCUCUAAACUUGAAAGGAAACAAACUGGAUAAGAUCAAGUCCUCUUGGCUUUGGAACAUGACUCAACUCCAAAUUUUAGACAUCUCAAACAAUCGUUUUCAAACAGUUCCGGAUGGCUUAUUUCGGCACCUCUACUCUCUUCAAUUUGUAAAAGUUGACCAUUUUACUAUAUGCUGUCAUGUAAAGCAAAGCAACCCUCGUGCAAUCUGCAUCUCUCAAGCAGACGAUGGUUUAUCAAGCUGUGACGAACUGCUAAAAAAUUCUGUUCUAAAGUAUUCGAUGUGGAUUCUUGGAAUUAUGGCGUUUUCAGGAAAUUUGAUGGUCAUUGCCUGGCGGAUUUUUGUCAAGGAUAUUAAUCCAGUCAAUUCAUUUCUACUUACACACUUAGCUGUUGCUGAUUUUUUGAUGGGUGUCUACAUGCUGAUUAUAGCAUUCAAAGACAAGUUAUGGGAUGGAGUGUAUUUCAAACACGAUGUAAAUUGGCGAGCAAGUGAUCUAUGUAAAUUUGCUGGAGUAAUAUCGACCAUUUCUAGUGAGGUUUCUGUUCUCACACUCUCUGUGAUUACGCUGGAUAGAUUUAUUUGUAUUGUGUUUCCAUUUCGUUUUCAACGAUGGUCAUUGAAGAGAGCAUCUGUUAUUAUGUGUGUGGUUUGGAUACUUGGCAUGGCAAUUUCUCUUACACCAUUGAUUUACGAUACGUACUUCUAUGAUUAUUCACACAAUGUCAAUUUCUUUGGACGAUCAGCCGUCUGUCUUCCGAUGCAACUAUCAAGAGACCGUUCUUCUGGAUGGGAGUACUCUGUAUUUAUCUUCCUCAUACUAAAUGGCCUUUCUUUUUUACUUAUUCUCCUUGCGUAUGUUAUCAUGUAUAAGACAGUUGCUAGAUCAGCUAAAGCAGUUCGAUCCACAAGAAUGAACCAAGAUUCCAAGGUUGCAAAACGAAUGAUGUUUAUCAUUCUGACCGAUUUUGCCUGUUGGUUUCCAAUCAUUAUGUUAAGUAUUCUGGCUUUAACAGGAAAUCUUUAUGACCCAACAAAACAGGUGUAUGCGUGGAUAGCAGUGUUUGUUCUACCUGUAAAUUCGUCCAUCAAUCCCUUGCUUUAUACGUUCUCCACUCAUUAUGUCGUCGAAAAGAUUUCCAAAAUGUUCACCAGAAGAGAGCCAUUGUGUGCUAACAACGAUGUGACAAAACGACAUGUUCCAAUUAACGGAAAUAGUACCGCGACAACACCAUCAGCUUCCUCUCAUCAAAUGUUGGCAACAUUUAAUACAGGCUUUGAAGACGAUGAAGUGAAGAUAGCCGAGGGUACUUUUAUUGAACCACACACCUUUCACGAUUGCCUCCAGACAGUCCCCGCAACGAAACCCAGAAUAAGAUGUUUACAAGCUACACAAUCACAGUUUACUCAAGACAAAAACUCAGUGAAAUCAAUCAUUGGCGUUGAAUUGAACGAAGAGAAAAGUGUAAGUGCUCCUUGUUUGAUCAAUGUUUACACUAAUGAAAAUGAGGAUUCAUGGAGUCAAUUAACAAAGACACUUUCGUCGCUGUCUAUGGAAGGUGGACAUUCUAAAAUUAUGUCUUUUCUUUGGAGUGCUAAAGGGAGUGAUGUUAUCAUCGAAGGAGAAUUGGCCAAUCAAAUAGCUUUUGACAUAAAAGAAGCAGAUUUUGUGAUUUGUUAUGAACUGGCUUCACAAGAGACUUUGGCAAAUUUUCUGAAAGAGAAACGGCACAAAUUAACAGAAGAAGCAGUUUAUAUCAUUUCGUGUGAUAUUAUUGAGGCCAUCGAUUUUCUCUCGUCAAAAAAUAUUGUCCAUUACGCAAUUCUCCCUGAGAAUAUCAACCUUUUGCAUUCUUCUGAGUUGAUCAUUAAAAGUGCUAUCCUUGGAGGUCUCAGUGCUUUAAAGUGUUUAAACCAGAGUGAUGAUGUACAUAUGCAGAAGACGAAUGACAAAAAUUUAAAUGUUAAGGGCUUUGGAAGUAUUCUGAAAGCGUUGCUUGAUGUUUGUCCUAAUUUGGAGAACAGUACUGAGUUGCAUUCUAUCAUGGUGUCUUGUUUGAGUGACGAAAACAAAUCAAGUGCGUCCGAAAUUUUCCAAGAGUUAGCAAUGAUGGAUCCCAAGCAUUUUCAGAAAGACUAUAUUCGUGUUACAAAGUAAACAUGAUUGUGAAUAUUCGAAAAUUUGGAACAGUUUAAACGACUUAUAUAAUCAUUACUUAUUGUCUGUCUCGUUAAACAUAGGAACAAACAAAAAUAUAUAUUAAAGUUAAGAGGCCAAAAUUAUAAGUUUAAGGUAAAGAAGUAAAUAUGCACCAUGUUUAUGUUAACUAAAAACAAAUGCAACAAAAAAGUACAUAAAAAUGCACUGUACAUAUAUGUUAACUAAAAAUAAUUUGAAUAAAAAUGUUCCUUAAACAUUGUUA